CCAUGGUGCCCUGUGCCCAGGAAGUGCCCAGUCCAGUGCUGACGCUAUUGAUGACCUUCUUCGACCCUCUGCAAGACACUGAGGGCCGGGCAUCGUUGCCCUUGCCGCGACCGGACGUGCCGUGCUGCCCCUGCGCCCGCUCCACCACGCCGUCAUGCCCCAUGGCCAAGGCGGGCGCUCCUCGGUCAGCGGCAUCGUGGCCACCGUGUUUGGCGCCACCGGAUUCCUGGGCCGUUACGUGGUCAACCACCUGGGCCGCAUGGGCUCUCAAGUCAUCAUCCCGUACCGGUGCGAGCCGUACGACAUCAUGCACCUGCGGCCCAUGGGGGACUUGGGCCAGCUCCUCUUCAUGGAGUGGAACGCGCGGGACAAAGAAUCCAUCCGGAGAGCCCUGGCACACAGCAAUGUUGUCAUCAACCUCGUUGGGCGGGACUGGGAGACCAAGAACUUUGAUUUCGAUGACGUCUUCGUGAAAAUACCCCAGUCCAUCGCGCAGCUGGCUAAGGAGGAGGGCGUGGAGAAGUUCAUACACGUGUCCCAUCUUAACGCCGACAUAAAAAGUUCAUCCAGAUACUUGAGGAAUAAGGCUGUGGGAGAGAACGUCGUGCGGGAGGCAUUCCCAGACGCAGUGAUCUUGAAGCCCAGUGAUAUCUUUGGCAGAGAAGACCGUUUCCUCAAUUACUUUGCAAACAACCGCUGGUUUGGAGGAAUCCCACUCGUGUCCCUGGGCAAGAGAACAGUGAAGCAACCUGUGUAUGUUGUGGACGUGUCCAAGGCCAUCAUCAACGCGAUCAAGGAUCCCAACACUCAAGGGAAGACCUUUGUCGUAGCAGGACCCAACAGGUACCAGCUGUUCGACCUAGUGCAGUAUGUCUUCGCCGUGGCACACCGCACCUUCCUGCCCUACCCCAUGCCUCGCUUCGCCUACCGCUGGGUGGCCAAGCUGUUUGAGAUGAGUCCGUUCGAGCCCUGGACCACGAGGGACAAAGUGGAGCGGAUCCACAUCUCGGACCGGAAGCUUCCUGACCUACCAGGGCUGGAAGACCUGGGGAUCCAGGCGACUCCCCUGGAGCUGAAGGCCAUUGAAGUUCUGCGGCGACACCGCACCUACCGCUGGCUGUCGGCCGAACUGGAGGACGCUAAGCCAGCCAGGACCGUGAACACCUAACCACCACCGUCCCACCCCCGCGCCCAGAGCCCCCAGGCUCCUACCAUUAAAACUCUGUUAAAACAUCUAUGCUAGAUUUCCACUGCAGCCUCGUUUCUCUCCCCUGACCCCCUGCCCAAUCCCUGCUGGGUAGCUCUCCGGAGAGAUGUUGCUAGGCUGGGCCCCAGAAAUUCACCGAUCAUCCAUCCAUCGAUCAAUCAAUAAAUGGAAUGUACCAAGCA